UCCCACCGCUCCAACCACCACGUAGAGCUCAGUGAGAUGGGGGAUACCGACGAAGAGAAGAAGCAUCUGACGCAGAAAAUUGCUAAAUUAUUGGACGAGGCUCGAACCUCUUACGCCACUCACAAUCGAAAGCUCAAGGAGCUCUCCAUUCUCGGUUCGAAAUCGUCUUCGCUCCCCGAGUUCUUCUUUGCAUUCUCCACUGCCCUAAUUCCCCUUUUUGAUUUCCAGAAGCGCCUUGCUUCUGUGGAACGUGUAGUCCGCUUUGUCUCCGUUUUUGCCAGUGUCCGUGACAACGGGAAUGAUUCCAUUUACGAUGAAUUCUUGGACCUUUUUCUCAAGUUUCUACUAGUUGCAGCUGCAGCAGCCAGCAAGACUGCGAGGUUUCGAGCAUGUCAGAUUGUUUCCGAGAUCAUAUUGCGGUUGCCAGACGAUGCAGAAGUGAGUGAUGACCUGUGGGAUGAGAUGAUAGAAUGCAUGAAGCUGAGGGUAACAGAUAAGAUCCCUCUCAUUCGUACAUUUGCAGUAAGGGCACUUUCUCGCUUUGUGAAUGACUCUGAUAAUAGAGACAUCCUUGAUUUGUUUCUCGAGGUGCUUCCAUUGGAGCAGAAUGCGGACGUUCGUAAAAUGAUUGUGUUAUCUUUACCUCCUUCUAGCGUAACCUCUCAAGUGAUCAUUGAUUGUACCUUGGAUGUGAGUGAAUCUGUACGCAAAGCAGCUUACUGUGUUCUCGCUAAUAAAUUUCCUCUUCAAAGCCUAAGCAUUAAAUUGAGGACAUUAAUUCUUCGGAGAGGACUGGCUGACCGUUCUAGUGUUGUCUCAAAGGAAUGUUUCAGACUAAUGAAAGAUGAAUGGCUUUCAAAGUGCUGUAAUGGAGAUCCUUUUGAACUUCUCAAAUAUCUUGACGUUGAAACCUAUGAAUCAGUUGGCGAGUCGGUUAUUGAGGCGCUUCUAAAAGCCGGUAUCUUAAAACUGGGAAACGGUUCCAGCAUUCGGCAGUAUAUAUCCCCAAAAAAUGACAACACAGGAGGGAGUGAAGUCCAUUGCCCAACGAAUAUUAAGCUGAUGGAAGCAGAGGUCGCAUUAUACUGGAGAGUUGUAUGCAAGCAUUUGCAGUCAGAAGCACAUGCCAAAGGCUCUGAAGCUGCCACUACGAUGGGCACUGAAGCAGAAGUAUAUGCAGCAGAAGCAUCAGAUAAAAAUGACCUUCUGGAACAAAUACUUCCUGCAACAGUUAAUGAUUACAUAGAGUUAGUUAGAGCUCACAAUGAUGCUGGAUCAAACCAUCGCUUCGCAUGCAGACAGCUACUUUUGCUCGGUGCCAUGUUCGAUUUUUCUGAUGUGACGAAUAGAAAGGUUGCUAGUGCAUUUCUACAAGAACUGAUGCGCAAGCCUCUUGAUCAUGAGGAUGAUAAUGAAGGGAAUGUGGUUGUUAUAGGAGAUGGAUUAAAUUUUGGGGGAGACAAUGAUUGGGCUGAAGCCAUAGCCAGUUUGGCAAAGAAAGUUCAUGCUGCUCCUGGUGAAUUUGAAGAAGUUGUUCUUGCACUCGUAGAAGAGCUAGCUCAACCUUGCAGGGAGAGAACGGCAGAUUGUGUGCAAUGGAUACACAGCCUUUCGCUUACUGGCCUGUUGCUGAAAAAUGUGACGUCAUUCCGCUAUCUUCAGGGCAAGGCUAUUGAGCUAUUACAAUCUUUAUUGCUUCCGGGGGCAAAACAUGCUCACUUAGAUGUGCAAAGGGUUGCUAUCAGAUGUCUCGGUCUUUUUGGGUUGCUGGAGCGAAUGCCAAGUGAAGAACUUGUUAAACAACUGAGGGUUUCGUUUGUUAAAGGACCACACGCAAUUAGCAUAGAGGCGUGCAAAGCAUUAUUUGAUUUUGGGAUGUGGCAUGGUCCUCAAGAAAUUGACAGGUUGUUGAUGCACGACCAUGCAAGCCAAAUCCAGUGUGACAAGAAUAUUUUCAGUCCCGUGAACUUCUCUGAUUCUGAAGGCGAUCUCAAUGUUGGAAUGCUCGACCUGUUAUAUGGUGGGUUUGAAAAAUGUGAUUGGGGCAAUCUUUCGACUUGCAACGAAGAUGAGUGCGUUCAUGCUGUUCUUGGAGAAGGGUUUGCGAAAAUACUUCUUCUAAGUCAGCAUUAUCCGAGCAUACCGGCUUCUUUGCAUCCUGUGCUUUUAUCGAAGCUCAUCACCUUGUUUUUCAGCGAUGAAACAGAAUCACGGAGGAUGAAGCAGUGUCUAUCUGUCUUUUUUGAGCACUACCCAUGUCUCUCAGCCAAUCACAAGAAGUGCACAUCCAAAGCUUUCAUUCCGGUCAUGCGUUCGAUGUGGCCAGGAAUAGAUGGCAACUCUGGAGGUUCUAGUUUUGUGGUGUCUCAGAUGCGUAAACGUGCUGUGCAAGCUUCACGAUUCAUGCUGCAGAUGAUACAGCUCCCUUUGUACACUGAAGAAACUCAACCGGAGAGUGAAAAUAAUGGUACAGAAGUGCCUUUCGAGUGUGAUGAGGAGGGGCUUGCAUUACGCAUAGCCAUUGAGGUGGCAAGCUUUCAUUCGAAGAAGACAGCUGCUGAGAAGUCAUAUGUGUCGGCAUUAGCUAGAACACUUGUCAUGCUUCGCUUCCGGAUAUCAGAACAGGGGCCAAUAAAAUUCAUGAGGAUGCUUUUAAGUCGCGUGGUUGGAAGUGCAUUGUCAGAGAAAGAUCUUGGAAAAGAUUUGAAGCGGAUGGCGGAGCGUCUCAUGACUCUAGAUAAACAACCAGACGACGAAUUGCCGCAAGCCGAAGUUAAUCUCAUUCUGGGGAAAUUGGAAGUUGAGUUCGACCUAGAUCUUGUUGGGCCUGUUGCAAUGCCACAAACACCAGCCACGCGCCCAACUAGAGGGACACGUUCUAGAAGAAAGGUGAGGAUUGAGCAUGACUCUUCGGAGGAUGAUGAAGAAUUCUCGCCUGCUUCUGAAGUUUCUAUCACCGCCCACCACCCGGUAAACAGUCGAUCGCAGAGAGCAAGCAAAACAGCGGCGUUGACCAAGAUGUCAGCCUCAGUAAUAGAAGACCAUGAAAUUGAAGACGAAGUGGGCGAAGAGUCUGACGUCACAUCUGAAGAUUCUGAUCAAUCCGUUCACUAGAUAUGGUAUUUCUUGAUGGUAAUUUCCAUGCCUUUUUCCUUAACAUAUCUAUAUCUUGUCGUAAGUUGUAACAUAGCAUGAGUAUUUGGACUGCGGAUAUGGUACUGUAGAGUAAUUAGUAUUCAAGUCUGUACAAGUUUGCACUAACACAGUUUGUCUGCUUUGCAACUCGUCUUAGUAAAAUUGUGUUGCAUUGAGUGGAUUGAGAUUGUAAAUGCUAUAUUGCCCGUCUCAUUUCUCA